UGACACGACUGACUUGACGACCUGAACUUGGUAGCUAUAAAAUCAGAUCCUGAACCUUGGAAACUUUUGUAUAUAACUACGCGGUAAAGUAAAUAUCUCACAUAGGUAAAAACAUCAUGGCGCAACCAGCACCCGAACUCAACAUCCCGGCCUCGACGGCGACGGUCGACGUCUCCAUCAUCAACACCAGCAGCAUCCUCUACGGGCUCGACACCACGCGGUUCUUCGGGCCCCAAGUCCCGGGCCACGAGUACCUAGCGGGGCCGUGCUACUCCUUUCUCAUCCAGCACCCGGUGCUGAAGCGGUCGCUGGUGUUCGACCUGGGCGUCAGGAAAGACGUCGAGAACACGCCGCGCCCGCUGCUAGAGGCGGCCAAGGCGGGGGGCGUCGGCAUCUCGGUGUCGAAGGACGUGCGCGAGAUCCUGGACGAGAACGGGGUCGACGCCAAAACCAUCGAGGCCGUCAUAUGGUCGCACGCGCACUUUGACCACACGGGAAACCCGGCCAGGUUCGACCCCAACACGGCGCUGAUCGUCGGCCCCGGCGUUAAGGAACACUUAUUCCCGGGCUACCCCGCCAACCAACACGUCAUGUUCCUCGAGGCCGACUACGCCGACCGGGAGGUGAAGCAGCUGGACUUCACCGCGGGCACGCCGUUUAAGAUCGGCCAGCUGCCCGCCAUCGACUACUUCGGCGACGGCUCUUUCUACUUCCUCGACACGCCCGGCCACUGCAUCGGGCACGUGUGUGGCUUCGCGCGCGUGACCAGCAACCCGGAUAGCUUCGUGCUCAUGGGCGGCGACGUCGUGCACCACGAAGGGGAGCUACGCCCGAGCCGGUUCCACCCGCUGCCAGACUCCAUCUCGCCUCAUCCAUUCGACCCGAACGGCGACAGCGCGCCGUGUCCGGGGCACCUGUUCGAGAAGCUCCUGCACGACGGGAAGAAGGACGAGCCGUUCUACCGUGCCACCACCGUCGACCAGCACGGCUACCCCAGCGUGCACCACGACGCCGCUCUGCGUGUCGAGACUGUCUUCAAGGUGCAGGAGCAUGACGCCCACAACAACAUCCUCUUCGUCCCCGCCCACAGCCACUACAUGCUGAACGUUGUGGACUUCUUCCCCGCGAAAGCCAAUGACUUCGUCAAGAAAGGCUGGGUCGGCAAGACGAGGUGGAGUUUCUUGGCCAACUUCGCCAAAGCGGUGGGCCAUGAAGGCAAGGUAGAGGCUGCUGGUGACUACAAUACGCCGCAUACGAGUUAGGUACCUAAGGUUGGCACCAGGAAAUGAACCGCUCGCUAGGUAGGCAGAGGGAGGGUUCGGCGUUUAGGAACGGGAAACAUCCCAUUAUGAAAAAUCUCCUCUUGAUGAUAAGUGUCAUUUUUGGGCGUUGCAUGGUGAAGCGAGGUAGGUAGGGAGGUACCUAAUAAGUGCCUGUUUAUGUUGCACGACA